AUGCCGGAAGACCUUCCUUCUCUGAAGAAACUUGUUAUUUGUAGCUGCAAGAAGUUGAUAAUUUCUGUUCAAAACUUUCCAUUGCUUUCAGAAUUAGAAAUUUGGGGUUGCCACGAUUUAAUUUAUAAAGGUUUUGCAGAUUAUAGCUCCAUAAAAAGAAUCUCGUUUCGAGGGAUUUCCAAGUUUAGUUGUGCAGCAGAAUGCUUGAGGUUAAGAUCAAUGAAAGUGGAAUUUUUUGAGAUUGAUGAUUGUGAGGAGUUGUGGUCUUCUCGAGAGAAGAAUUGGGGAUUGCUAACUCAGUCCAUGUCCUCCCGAUAUUUGAGAAUUUCCAAUUGUCCGCAACUUGUAUCCAUAGGAACAGAAGAGGAAAGAGAAGAAUUGAUGCAAUUGAAGAUUCCUUCUAGCAUUGUAAGCAUGAGAAUACUGAAUUGUGAAAGGCUAGAAAAACUAUCGACAACCUUGUACUCCCUCACAUUACUUAUGGAAUUAGAGCUUAUCGAUUGCCCAAAAUUGAUUUCUCUUGCAAGGAGCAAUUUGCCUUCGAAACUGAAAGUGCUAAGCAUUAGUUAUUGUAAAAAUUUGCAAUGUUUAUUGUUGGAUGAAGGAGAGGAUGCUGACUCCAACAAUGCAUGUGUUCUUCAGAAGUUGGAUAUUUUUUGCUAUGAAUCUCUAAAGAGAAUAAAUAGAAGUGAGUUGCCCUCCACACUAAAAACACUUGAAAUAUACGAGUGUCCACAGCUAGAGUCCAUAUCCCAAGAAAUUCAAGAUAACUCUUCUCUUGAAUCUAUUGAAAUCUAUGGAUGUGAUAUGCUUAAGGGUUUACCUCAAGGAUUGAACAAGCUCAAGCAUUGCAAGCGCAUAUGGAUAAAUAAUUGUUCAAAUUUGAUUUCCUUAGGAGAGAGUGGUUUGCCCACCACAAACCUUGAAGUGCUCCUCCUUUACUCUUGUAGACGUCUCCAAGCUUUGCCUGGGAAUAUGCACAGUCUCAACGCUCUAAAGAAAUUAGAAAUAAGGGAUUGUCCAAAUGUGACAUCCAUUCGGAAGAGGGAUUCUACCCAUCUCACUUCGCUUAGAAUUGGUGGACCCAAUAUCCGGAAGGCAAUACUUGAGAGGGAUUUGCAUACACUCACUUGUCUUAAAUCUCUCUCCAUAUCAAAUGAGUGUCCAGAUGCUGUGUCAUUUCCUCAAGAUGAGAUAGGAGUCACACUGCCCUCCUCUCUCACCCAUCUCUGCAUCUCGGAUUUCCCAAAACUGGAGUGGAGAGCCUAUCCUCCAAAGGCUUUCGCAACCUCACUUCUCUCCAGUGGUUGGCUAUCGCAAAUUACCCAAACCUCAAGACUCUUCCGGGAAACAACAUGCUUUCUUCGCUUUUGGAGCUAA